CUGGUCCUUUUGAAGCGAGAGGAGCAGGAAGUCGGACGUGACACACUGCGUUAGGGGAGCCUCCAAGGUGGCCCGGGCGACGUGGAAGGCCGGACCCUCCCAGCGACCUGUGCACGGUGGCUGCACACAGCGCAGGGCGCGCGGAGCUGCAGGAGGCGUCGGAGAUGGACCGCUCACCUGCGCAGUGGCAGUGCGGCCGGGAGGGCUAGCGCACGGCCCUCGGCGGCCUGGACCGGCUGAGCCCCAUGUCCCGGAGACCCUGAGCCCGUCGGUGUGGACGCAGCCGCCCUGACCAUGGUCACGCUCAUCACUGAGAAGCUGCAGAGCCAGAGCCUGGACGACCUCGCCCACAGGAGCUGCAACGCUGGCCCGCGUUCUGCCGAGAAACGCAGCAUCAGCAGCGGCCCCUCGCCCCCUUUGGAGACCCGCGAAGACGGGAGCCUCUGGAAGGCCCUGAGUGGAGGACUGCCCAGCAGAAACCAGGCCGCCGCGGGCCCCACGCUCCCCUUCCUGCUGGGCCCCUGCGGCGUGAGCGGGGGCCAGGGCGCGGUCAGCGCCGGGGACCUCAGGGAGAGCUCCGGGCCCCCCUCGGCCCCGCCCAGCAAGCGCCACUGCCGCUCCCUGUCGGAGCCGGACGAGCGGGCCCGCUGCCGGUCCCCGUGGCGGCCCGGCGGCUCCAGGGUCUGGACUGCGGUCCCCAAGCGGCGGUGCCACAGCGGCGGGAGCUCCUGCCUGCCGGGGGGCGCCUGCCCUGCGGCUGGUCCCAGCUCACCACCACGUGGGGCCCAGCCGGCCUCGGCCAGCAGCCGCGUCCUGGACUGCAGCGGGGCUGGGCCAGGCCCGCCCUGGUGCCGCCGCCUGUCCCUGUCGCAGGAGCACCUGGCCCACGCGGACCUGCCGCCCGAGCGGGGCUGGCGGCCGGGCCUGCCGCGGAGCCGCUCGCAGCCCUGCGUGCUCGUCGGCGGGAAGAGCCGGCUGAAGCGCCGGCGGGACGAGGACCCCCGGUGGCCGCGCCCGUCCUUGGACUUUCUGAAGAUGACGCGGGCGCUGAGAAACUCCAAAAGCCUCGGCUCCCUCGACGGCGACGGUGAGGACGACGACGACCCCAGAGCGGAGAUGGCCGUGUCCUGCCCACGGGAGCCACGGGACCCACACGGCCUCGUCACCCCAGGCCCCAGCCCCUGUGGCCCUCGGGUGCCGGUGGCCAGCGAGGGCAGGGGCGGCAGGGACCCGAGUGCCUGGGACAGCGCCGGGGAGGAGGGCGUCCUGCCGCUGGACCCCGGGGCGCUGGACCUGGAGCAGAUCGAGAACAACUGACCCGCGGGGGCGGGGCCACCGCCGUCUGCUCCGGGGUGCGGACUGGACCCCGGCUACGUGGUGUUUCCAACGUUGUCACUUUGACUGUUUCCUGAGGGUGUUUUGUAUUUCCGUGGUUUUUACCGUUCUGGGGAAAGCGUCUGUUUGGAAGGGAACUCGCACAGGGCUCCCUGUUGCCCGGGAGACCCCGGGGUGGGCUGGCUCCUUCUGAGACGCCUGCAGUGGCGGGCGCACGGUGCCGUGCAGUGCUCGGCUGCGAGACCCCGGCCCCCCCACCCAGGACGUCCUUGUCACGCGUGCGGACCCCUGGGCCCUGCGGUGCGGAGCGGGCCUGGUGCUCUGCGGCCGAGGACAGCGGCGGUCCCGGCAGCCCCCGGUGCGACUUCAAUAAAAACUCUGCUUCGCACGCGUGA